AUGCUUGCCGGUGGUGAGUUGCCCACACGGCAGCACCUUGAUGCGAGGAGUUCGACUACAGACGGUGGUGCGGGCGAUUCUCUGUCGCCGGCGUCUUCUCCUGGUGGUACGGAGGGUGGUCGUAACAAGUUUCGUCGUGCCCGCAACAGACUGCGCAUUACGCACUUACUCAAUUCGUCCUCCCGAUCUUCAACAAAGGGAAAUGAGUCCGGUAUUCCGCGACUAGAGUCUUUCUCGUCCUCUGCGUCAGUCAUGUCUUCGGGCUCGGGACCUCCCGGUCCCGUCCCCACUAGCGCCUUGCCGCUCAGCCGACCUUCCGUUUCCGGCAUGUCGGGUGUUUCAUCCAUUAUGUCCUAAAAAUAGCACAAUGAUGAGACUUGAUGAACACUGACCAUACGACUCAAAAAUAUUCCCUCAAAGAAGAGAUAUGGCACCGCCGAGAAAAAAUAGUUAGAUAGAUUUAUAAAUAUAUAUUGUAAGAAUAAGAUACCUGUCCUCUAAUUUCACUAGCGGCAAUUCGAGGAUAAUGGAACAUGCGUCCGAAUUAAAGAACUCCGGCGCGGCGAAUUUACUUGCACUUGGUGGAGACCACAAAAGUUUUAUUUUGUAAGGUCUAAGAUUUUGGAUUUUUGACUGAAAGAGUCUAGUUUUUGACUUCAAAUGUCUAACUACUCAUGUAUACGAAGGGAAAACAAUAAAAAUGAUUCCAUAUUAAAUUAGUUCUGAAAAUCGAUCAAGAUCAAGAUGACAAAAACAGAUACGUCAAUACAAAAGAGAAGCAAAGUUUUAUUCUUGCUUGAUCGUUCUCAACUUUACUCAUUUAGUUGCUUGUUCCGUGGCGCAAUAUUGUGGGUAGGUUUUCUCUCUUGAAAUUUUCCAUAGCCUUACCGAAUGUGUCCGAUGCCGAUGCUUGCGUUUCUCCCACUUUCGAGUGUGUCUGUUCAUCGUUUUUGUUCGUAAUACGUGCUGACAUAAAUUGGAGAUUCAUAUUUGUUAGGUAUCUACCUGAUUGACACCGCCUACUUGCGCAUACACGUAAUUUUGCUUAGUUUGCUCCAGUUUCCACCACCCGACUAAACGCAACGCGAUAUUUCUGGGAUGAGAUUUCGGCUGGAUCGGUGUAUCAAUUAAAGUGUUUAGUUGAGGACGCAAUGUUAUUCGUCAUGCAUUAUAAGCUGAACCCUAGCAAGUAACUAGGCGUGAUGCAAAGGUUCAGCGUCCUCAAACAUUGAAUCCUAUCAAUCUAUCAGUAUCAAUCUUGCUUACAUAAAAUAUUAUCUUCAAUUAACAUUUAACAAUUUGCUCCCGUCUGAUUGCAGUUUCAAAUUUUGCAUUAUUUGGUAUUUGUCUGCAGUCGUGUCUAAUUGUCAAAGACACGGAGAACUGCAUCGUCUAGUUCUUGUUCAGUUUUUGUUUUAUUGGACUACAAGAAAUUUGCGAUUGCUUGCCAUUGCCAUAUUUAUGACUCUAUCUAUCUACUACAUAAGUAAGUUGUUCAAGUAAAGAGAUGUCUAUGUAUGGUAAUCUCUUCAGUUUUAUUUGAGAUGAUGUGAAGGAUAUGGGACAGUAAAGAGUCAUCAUUAUCCGCACAACGGGGUGGCUCCAUGCACGGGCUAGGCAGUCGCUCAUGAGCAUCGCCACCGCGCGUCAUGAUUAGGCCGAUGGCUGUUUCGAGCGUAGAGAUGCGGCAGUCGCAGGUGCGGGGAGGACGGUGGCCCAGCCCGUCGCCGGCAGGUACACCCGUCGCCGGCAGGUUCACCGGACAACACUGGGGUCACCGUUUGGGCGUUCUCGGAAUACAAAAAAAAAAAAAAAGGUGCGCUGUGGAGGCAAACUGAUUGACUGGCCGACUGACUGCUUGAUGAGCAUCCGGCUUGCGUGCCUAGCCCAACGCGGAACCCUCACACCAGUGGCAUUAUUGUACUGUCCGGACCCUUGCGCCUUCCAGUGACUCCGUGUCGGGAGACGCGACGGGUGGCGGAAGUCGGGCCUUUUCGGCGGUGGAGAAGUGCGGCGAGAGCCGGCUCAGCAUGCACCGAGGUCCCUGGCGUGGGCUUCAGCGUGGUAGACUGUGAACGAGGAGGGAUAGAUAGGCUGGCCAAGUGCCCGCGUGGCAUUGUCCUGCGAUCGGCCUGGGGUGGGGUUCUCUCCCUCGGCUGAGUCGUGAGGGCCCAGCCUUCAGUAGCCCGACACAGCGCAAGCAAAGCGGGCAGACUCCAAAGACAACCGCAGCUAGUUUGCGCUGGAGGUUCCGCGUGAUAGCAUAGCCUGCGUCAGGUGGCUAGCGUAGCCUCUGGCCUUCUACUAUGGAUGAUCUUUGUGGGCUAGAUCAGCGGGGGCACAGGCGUGCUCGCACAGGCCAGAGCUGGCCCUGGGUCUGUUAGUUCCUUCGUUAUCCAGCGCCGCCGCUCGUUAGACGGCCGCAUACAGUUGCUUGACUGAUUGCCUGACAUCUACAGACAACGCUUACGAGCUAAAAAAUGUAAGGGGUCGCUACAACUAAUUCCAAGAAGUGUAGCAGUGCAGUUGUGAGCAGUGUCAUCCACUACAUAUAGAAUUAUUCAAGCAUCAUCCUCUUCCUCAGAAGCGAGUUGAUGAUCAGACGAGUAAGAAACUUUCUUCGCAGUCAAAAUUAAUAGUGUAGUAGGCACUAUCAAACGUCGGAAUCCCCCCGAGAAGAGCACUGGUCCGAGACCUGCGUCGGGACCGCAGGAGACUGGCACUGGAAUGCAAGGCAGCACCGCGCAUCGAUCUAUUUGCAGAGGCGGUAAUCAGUAACCCUUAUCGGAUGUCAACAAACACCAGCCACAUUCGAUUGGCGUAGAACGAAUCCGCAUCCAGUUGUCCAGGGAUAGAUCAAGAAGAGCGGUAGUUGAUUUUUGUUUGCCGUUUUGGUAUAGGUAUAAUAUCAUAUUAGAUAUUAGUAUUUAUAGCGUUAGUAAUUUUUUCAAGACCAAAAAGUCUCCUCAAAGGGGCCUCCUUAAGGAGCUUCUUUAAGAAAAUUGCAUCCCUUCUAAGCCAGCCGCGCGGCGCUAGCUUGAUGACUUAACGGCUUGCUUCGUUUGUCAUAUCUGUCUAGUUGCUAAGUGCUAAGGCUAACCGAUGCCCAGCGCAGCGGGCUCUUGAUGGGCCCGCUUUCUGGGCAUGUACAAGUACAACAAGUAGAAGAGAGUCUAACAUUCGAGAGAAAUAACAUUGAAAUUUGAAUUUUUGUUACUUACCUGUUUCGGACUUAGAAGAUUAAGUAGAUCAUCAAGUAAAGCAUACUAUCGAGAUUCUUAAUAUUUCAGCCAGCAUCUUCUUCCAUUUCCAUCAUCGUCACUGCACCAUUUUGCGUCUUCAUUAACAAGUUACAAUCAUUCAUAUGUUGUUCAUCAAGUAGUAUUCCAAGUUUUCAGAUCCUUUGGUCGCAACAUUAAUAUUUAAUAUAGUGACUGACCCUAAGUGUAAGUAGAGCUAGAGCUAGACUAGAGGCAGUCGUUUGUGUAUUCAACUAAUGAGUUGUGAUAGUGGAGGUCCAUCAAGAGGGUGUUGAUCUUGACGAGAGAACGGGAUAGUGUAUGACUUUAUCAAAGCUUAAGUUUUUGCUUCGAUAUUGGUUACAAUGCAACGCGGGAAGCAAAGAAAGGCAGCUCAUGUCUAACCCACACUGGAAGGCAAAAGUUUCGACAUCCCACGUGAUUCGAAGCCUUACUAGAUGGACAGGUGUGGAGAUAAGACGAUGCUGUUAUUUUGAUUUUCUUUCGUGGAUUUCCGUUUCGCUUUCGUCGUGUAGGGGUUCUACAUAUUAU